UCUUUUUUUUUUUGUUAUGGAGCUUUUCCCUUCACAGCCUGACUUGUACUUGAAAAUCAGCAGAAGAAGAGAAGAAGAAGAAAAAGAAAAUCAAGAACAAGAAGUCGAGAGGAGAUUAGGGUUUCGGAGUAAAGCCUCAGAUUCAGACAGAAACUCUUCUGGUAACCUCAUCCACAAUCUCCAAUUCACUUCAAACAGUGAACUCACCAAGGUUGAUAAGAAUCAUCAAGAACAUAACAAAUCUCUCGAUCAAGACUUGAGAUCUAUGUUGAUGAUGAGACCAAUAAGAGGAAUCCCUCUUUAUCAGAAUCAAGUUCUUGACCACCACUACUACUACUCAUCUACCUCUCCCACUCCUUUCUUCUUCAGUGAAGUCAACGGCCAACAACAUGCUAGUCGUCGCGUAAUUACAAACCCUAACUGUAGUUUUAAUUUUCACCACCGUAAUCGUCGUCAAGCUCAGCCGCAGCCGCCUAGAUUCACGGCCAAACGAGGGGUAAGGGCUCCAAGGAUGCGGUGGACGACGACCCUCCAUGCCCAUUUUGUACACGCUGUUCAAUUAUUGGGUGGUCAUGAAAGAGCAACCCCAAAAUCAGUACUUGAGCUGAUGGAUGUGCAAGAUCUCACAUUGGCUCAUGUUAAAUCUCAUCUACAGAUGUAUCGGACCAUCAAGUCUACAGAGAAACCCACAACGUCAUCAGGGCAGUCAGAUACUUGUGAGAAUGGAACACAAGUAAACAGUGAGAGAGAAGCAAGAGAUGUCCAAGGUCUAUGGAAUAACUCCUCAAGUGAAGCUCGGUUCCAAUUAAAGGCAAAGGCAUCAUCAGGUGUAGACAUUUCAUUCAAUGAGAAUAAAUUGAAGAAAAUGGAUGGAAGAUGUGCAAGCAACGAAAGAUUGUCGUCGGAUUCGUCAAGCCUCACAGGGACAAGACCAGACACUGAAACUCCCAAUCUAGAGUUCACUUUAGCUACACCUAAUUAAUCUUCUAGCUCCCUAAUUUUCUAUAUAUUUUAUACCCAAAAAUUGUCUAUUAAAAAUAUAUAUAUCUAUAUCUAUAUCUCAAACUCUAAAGUUAUAAGCUUAUGGUAUAAGAAAGAAUUGGAAAUAGUGUUAAUUUCUUCAAAUAUUUGUUUGUAGUUUUGUCCGGUAAAAUUGAGAUGCUUUUUUAUGUGGGUCGUUAAUUUGAGAUGCUUUAUUUAUAUACAGACUUCUUGUCGCGAAUGGAAUAAUAAUAUUUGUUUUUCCUUUUAUA